CACCGUUAAAUCAUUAGCUUUUUAGUGAGAAGCGGUGGGCACAAUUUGCAGAAGGGGACACAGUGAAAAAAAGAAAAAGGAAAAAAAACAGCAAUUGAUGAUCCCAUUUGCGUGUUGCUGCUUUUCCAUACAACAAGAAACAAACAAACAAAACAGCCCAGUUGAAAUUAUUGAAUUCAUUAUUCAUCCCUUCAUCCUUUUUCUCCCCCAUUUCUGCCCAUCAUCAAUGGCAAUUUCUCAUUAUUAAGCCUGACACACACACACACGCACACACGCACGCACCACUUCUCCCUUUCUCUCUCUACAAGUACACAUACACACAUGGAUGUUAAACGCAUCCGCAGCUGAAGAUCCAAUUUUUCACUGUAAUCUGCGUGUGUGUUUGUGUGUGUGGGCUAAUUUUCCCCCUAAUUCUUUUUUUCCUUUACCCCUAUUGAAGAAUCCUAGGUGUUUUUCUUUUUUAAUAUAUUUAAACACUGCUGUUAAUGCACAUUCACUCAGUGAGACAACACACAUAUGUAGGAUUUACUAUUCAUGUGCAAACACUUGCGCAUUAUUGCUGGAACUCAUUUUCGGUAUCUGAUAUAGUAUGAGUUAUCUACUUUGAUGAUGGGCUGGUUUUAGAUUGGGGUUUGUUCUUUAUCUAUCUGAACUUCAUGCUGUGAUUUGAAUUUAUGAUUUCUGAGAUCUUCGUUUUCUGCCAUUUUGGCUUGUUUUGUUGUUUAAAGAUCUCAUCUUUGUACAGUUUGUGAUAAUUUGUAGGGCAUUGUUCAUCAGAUCCUCAUUUUUAUUUAUCAUAUAAUUCUACUAGUUUUGAAAUAUCCGAGUUUCAUUUUUUGUAAUUUGCUUAAUUUAAUCAGUUGAGAAGAAAAAAAAAAGAGAGAAAAAUUUGAAAACCCAGAAUGUGGAAGCAAUUUCUGAAUAAGCUUCCGCGGAAAUCCCAGAAAUCGGAUCGAGAUUUGACCAGAAACCCUAAUUUGGGUUUGGGUUCGGGUUCGGGCCGGGCCUGCUCCGUCAGCUCUGCUGCGAAACGGGCUUCAGCUGCGGUGUUCCCAGCCAGCGUGAUUGCAGGAAUCGAGCCAUUGCUCGCGUUUAAAGAUGUUUCAAACUCAGAAAAGAUGAAUCUGUUCAUUAGUAAGUUGAGUCUUUGCUGUGUUGUGUUUGAUUUCACUGAUCCUGCCAGAAAUGUUCAAGAAAAGGAGCUUAAACGGGCCACAUUGCUCGAGCUAGUCGAUUUUGUAUCCGAAAACCCCCCAAAGUUUUCAGAGCCAGCGAUCUUAGCUUCUUGCAAAAUGUGUUCCAUUAAUCUGUUCCGUGUCUUCCCACCCAAUUGUCGGUCAAGAAGCACGAGUUCGGGUGAAAAUGAGAACGACGAUGAUCCCACAUUUGAUCCCGCGUGGUCACACUUGCAGCUAGUGUACGAGUUCUUGCUCAAGUUUGUGACCUCGUCUUCUUUGGAAGCCAAGGCAGCUAAGAAGUAUGUGAACAAUGACUUCAUAUUUAGGAUCAUUGAUUUGUUGGAGUCGGAGGAUCCGAGAGAGAGGGAUUGUUUAAAGGCGAUUCUGCACAGGAUUUACGGGAAGUUUAUGAUCCAUCGGCCAUUCAUCAGAAAGUGCAUAAGCAAUGUGUUCUAUAGAUUCGUGUUUGAGGUGGAGAAGCAUAAUGGUAUUGCAGAACUGUUGGAGAUUUUUGGGAGUGUGAUCACAGGGUUUGCUCUUCCUUUAAAGGAAGAACACAAGAUAUUCUUUUGGAGGGCGUUGAUUCCCCUGCACAAGCCGAAGUCACUAGGGAUUUACUUUCAGCAGCUCUCGUAUUGUGUGAAUCAGUACGUUGAGAAGGAGCCGAAGCUGGCUAGCCACUUGAUUCAGGGGCUGCUGAAGUAUUGGCCGAUUACAAAUAGCCAGAAGGAGGUGAUGUUUCUGGGCGAGGUGGAGGAGAUUCUCGAAGUAAUCAGCAUGAAUGAGUUCCAAAAAGUGAUGGUUCCGUUGUUUUGUCGCAUCAGGCACUGCAUAAAUAGCUAUCAUUUUCAGGUAGCCGAAAGGGCUCUGUUCCUUUGGAACAACGACCAGAUCCUCAGUCUGGUAGCUCACAAUCGACAAGUUAUACUGCCGAUAGUAUUCCCAGCUCUGGAAGCCAAUGCACAAAACCACUGGAACCAGGCUGUUCUAAACCUCACCAUGAACGUGAGAAAGAUGCUGAUGGAAAUGGACGACGCCCUAAUAUCAGCUUGCAUCUCCAAUAACCAGGAGCAACAAGAGAAAGUGAGCUCGUCAGUCGAGAAACGGAAGCAAGUGUGGGAGCACUUGGAGAAUGCUGCUAGUCUCCAGCCGAUGAUGGCCAGGAACACUGCCGUUCUGGUAACUCACUAAAACAACCUCUACAUCCUGUUUAUAGUCUCCGUCUUCGUCUCAUGAGUGCCUGCUGCAAAGUCUUACGUUCUUGUGGCUUGCCGGGGCGGGCUUUGGCCCGGGUGAUCGAGAUGGCACCAUUGUGUUGUUACAAAAUCUGGUCUUUCUGCUUUUAGAGAUGGCAUGGAUUAUGAUCUCCAGUGGAUAGUGUAAACCAACAUAUUUUGUCAGUUUCUUCAAACGUCGUCUUCUUCUUCUUCUCUGUUUUCAUUGUUUAGAUUUGAUGUUGUGGCCAUGGUAUCUCUGGAAGUAGGUUUGAUAAUCUACAAUCUCACUGUGCCAUUUAUGUUUAUUUGUAUGAAAAUAUAUAGGAAAUGUUUGGAAUGA